AGUAGACCCUCAAUCUGUUUGAAAAUUGAAUCUCUCGCCCCCCUUCUCCCUCCUCCAUUUAUGUAGAGUCACAGGAAUCUUCCAGUGGCAAUUUGGUCAUAAGUUAAGAACAGAGCUUCAUCUCCUCGCCAUGGAAGCCAUACUAGUAGAUUGCGUGCAAAACAGCCUGCGCCACUUCAUGCACCGCAACGCCAUCUUCAUGUGCGAACGACUCUGCGCGGAAUUCCCAUCCGAGACAAAUAUGCAAUUGCUAGCUACUUGCUACUUGCAAAAUAAUCAAGCCUAUGCUGCAUACCAUAUUCUCAAAGGAACACACAUGGCUCAAUCACGCUACUUAUUUGCACUAUCAUGCUUUCAGAUGGAUCUUCUAAAUGAAGCAGAAAUGACAUUAUCCCAUACUAAUGAUCCAACUUUAGAGGUUCCAAAUGGUGCUUCCGGUCAUUACCUUCUUGGCCUUAUUUACAGGUAUACAGACAGGAAAAAGAGUGCUGUUCUCCACUUCAAGAAGGCCCUAUUGUUGGAUCCACUACUAUGGGCUGCCUAUGAGGAAUUGUGUAUACUAGGCACUGCUGAAGAAGCAGCUUCAGUGUUUGGUGAAGCAUCAUCUCUUUGUGUUCAAAAUCAACAUGCAUAUCAUGGAAGUCAAUUUCAAACUCUGUCAACAUCAAUCGAUGACCAUAUUUUAGCUUCUAACAGAAGUUUUGCCUCUGAAGAUGCAAGCCCAAGGCAGUUGCGAAACAUACACAUCAAUAACUCUCGUGAAAUUACUGGAAACUCUAAUGGAUUAGUUGUGGGCGGAGUAUCAAGUCAGCCUUUUGUUGGUGGGUCUGCUAGUGCGGUGUUCUGCAAUACUCCUUCACCAAUGGUUUCACAGAUUUCAGGUGUUGCUCCUCCCCCUAUAUGCAGAAAUGCACAACAAAAUGGGGUUCACCCAUCCGUACCUGGUGGUGAUAACUCUUUACGGUCAUCUGUGAAUUCAAUUGUUCAACCCCCCCGCCGGAAGUUUGUUGAUGAGGGAAAGUUGAGAAAGAUAUCAGGGAGGUUAUUUUCAGAUUCUGGCUCUCGACGAAACUCUAGACUCGCUGGAGAUUCCACAAGCAACUCUAGCUCAACUGCAUCUACAUCAUCUGGGAUUGGAUUAAGCCACUCAUCAAAAUUCCUUGGUAGUUCUAAGCUAAGUUCAAUGACAUUACGUUCUAUGACAACUAGAAAGGCACAGUCAUGGGCUACUGAUAACUUAGAUGAAGUUCGGGAUGUCUGUGAUGACUCGCAGUUAAAUAUCCGUACUGUGUCCCCAUCUGGAGAUGGUAUACCUAUUGAGCAUGAAGGGGUUGUUAGGUGUCCAAGUAUUAACACAACUGGGACAAAUGUUCUCUCUGGAGCCUCAGAAAUAAUGGCCCUUUUGAGGAUUCUUGGGGAAGGCUUUCGAUUUUCAUGCCUGUAUAGAUGCCGGGAUGCAUUGGAUAUGUAUAACAAACUUCCACACAAGCAUUAUAACACUGGAUGGGUACUUUCCCAAGUUGGGAAAGCGUACUUUGAAAUGGUUGAUUAUCUGGAAGCAGAUCGUGCAUUCAGUCUUGCACGUUUAACCGCACCUUAUAAUUUGGAGGGAUUGGACGUAUAUUCAACAGUGUUAUAUCAUUUGAAGGAGGAUAUGAAGUUAAGUUACCUGGCACAGGAACUGGUAUCAACUGAUAGAUUAGCCCCUCAAUCUUGGUGUGCAAUGGGAAACUGUUAUAGCUCGCAGAAGGACCACGAGACUGCUCUUAGAAAUUUGCAGCGAGCUGUACAACUAAAUUCCAGAUUCGCAUAUGCUCACACUCUCUGUGGUCAUGAGUAUGUUGCAGUUGAUGACUUUGAGAAUGGUAUUAGUAGCUAUCAGAGGGCGCUUAAGAUGGACGACAGACAUUAUAAAGCCUGGUAUGGUCUUGGGAUGGUCUAUUUACGACAAGAGAAGUUUGAAUUCGCUGAACAUCACUUUCGUAGGGCUCUCCAAAUCAAUCCACAUUCUUCUGUUAUCAUGUCAUAUCUAGGGACUGCUUUACACGCUAUGAAGAGACAUGUGGAAGCAUUAGACGUGAUGGAGAAGGCUAUUGUAGCUGAUAAGAAAAAUCCACUCCCGAUGUAUGAAAAGGCUAACAUCCUUGUGAGCAUGGAAAAAUUUGAUGCGGCUUUGGAAGUGUUAGAGGAGCUUAAAGAGCACGCUCCUCGUGAGAGCAGUGUGUAUGCUUUGAUGGGUAGGAUCUACAAAAGGCAUAACAUUCACGACAAAGCCAUGCUAUAUUUUGGACUAGCUUUGGAUAUGAAACCAUCUGCGACAGAUGUUGCGAAUAUUAAGGCGGCUAUUGAGAGGUUGAAUGUACCGGAUGAGCUAGAAGAAGAUGCAUUAUGAAUCAAACUUUCCCAAGUACAAUUUUAGAGUGGGGAAGAAAAAAGAGAAGAUAGGGAGCAGAGUCUGAGCCCCCCCCCCCCCCCCCCCCCNUAAAGCUGUACACUAGUGUUGUUUCUUCUUACUCAGGUUUCUAAGCUGUUGUGCAGUGGUGGAGGCUGUCUAUUUAAUAUAUUCUGUGUUUCUUAUAUCAUCAUCAUCCCUCCGGACGUGAACGCGGCGGUGUAUUUAAGUCCUAAUUUGAUUUGUAUUUUCCAGAUUUUGAUAUUAGAUAGAUAGGUUGGUCAAGUUUCUCUAACACUAGACAAGACUUUUUAGGCUCCCUACAUAUAUGGACUGAUUCUUUGUUCUUU